AUGCUGGCGGCGUCCGAGGAAUUGGAUCCACCACCAGUUAGCUCCUCUUCGACAAAUUCUGAGGAGAAGAAAGAUAGCAUUUCUGAUGAUCAACGGCAACAUCCACAUGGUUCGUCCUGCACUAGUAGCAACACGCAUCAUAACUCGUCAUCGUCGUGCUCGCCGGCUACACCGCAGGAAAUGUCUUCUAAUCGUCACAUUCAACAGCAAAGCGACGAGCAUAAUCGAUCGAAUCUUGAUCGUGUCGUUGGCGACAUAAUGAAAUCGGAAUCAUCACUUCUCGAUGUCGAUUAUAUGCAUAUUAUGCAGAAUCGGCUGACGUCGCAUGAUCAGAUGACAUCUAUGCCAUUACAUUUGCAAUUUGGACGUAACUCUACUCAAACAGCGGAGCGUCAUCAUUCUGCAGAAAGCCUUCAACCACCGACACCGGCUCCGGCACGACGGACUCGCUCAUCCAACGACGGAAUGAUAAAAUGUCAAUUUUGUCCGAAAAAGUGGAGCAAUGAACACGCGCUUCGCGCUCAUAUGACGGAUUGUCGUUUAUUACGAUCUCAUGAAUGUGCGCAGUGCGGAAAGCGAUUCAAAGCUCGCGGAGGACUUCAACAACACAUGAGAAUACAUAGUACGGAGAAGCUUUACGGUUGCACCUAUUGCGUUAAAAGGUUCACCCAGAAAAGUCAUUUGGAUCAGCACGAACGUAUUCAUACUGGUGCCAAGCCUUUCUCGUGCCAGUUUUGUGGACGAGCAUUUAGACAACGCUCGCAACAAAUUGGACAUGAGUCAACUCAUGCCCCACAUUCGACAACCAAUACUAAUGCAUCCGUUUCAUCUGCGGGAAACACUGCUCCUCGCACACCUCGUAAAAAGCGACAGAAUGCUUCAAGCGAAUUCAAGCAGUCGCAAAACUCGCCGCCGCCUAACCUUAAUCAUCUGGACGUCGCAGCAGCAGCUGCAAUGAUGCAACAAAACCAUCUGACGCAUGACAUACUUGGACACCUCGACCAUCAGAGAUCUGAUUCACUUCUUGCGUUGUCGUCGCAAAACCAAUCGUCAAUAUCGUCGCUUCUCGGUCUGCAACAUGAUAUCACACAUCAGCAACCGCAACAACAUCAUUUACUACAUCAUUCGCAUCUUUCAUCUCAGCAACUUCAUGACUUUGGAGCGUCCGUCGCGACGCCGUCUGGAAUGCAGCUGAUAAACGGGUUGCACUGA